AUGGAUUGUAUAGAGAAUAACUCAAAUAAUAUAAAAACAAAUUUUAAUACUGACGAUGAUUUUUUUGAUUUAUUUAAAAAUUGUGAUACUUUAGUGAAUUAUAAAAAGAAAGUAGAAAUAAAAUCUUUAAAUGACUUAAUUCAUAUUUUUGUACAUGAUAAAGAGAGAAUUUAUGAUGAAUAUAAACCAUGCGAAGCAUUUGAAGAAAAUAGUAAAAAUGAGGAGGAAAUUAGUGAAAAAGAUGAAUUUUAUACAAAAGAAAAAGAUGAGAAGGGAAAAUUAAAUGAAAAUGUAAAAGACGAGCAUAAAAAAAGUUUAUUAUUUAGAAAAAGUGAUGAAAUCAAAGAAGUUGCUAUGAAUGAUAAAAGUAAAACUAAUUUAAAAAAUGUAGGACUAGAUGUUUCAAAAGAUUGUGGUAGUACAUAUCCUAUUUGCAUUAAUGAAAAUUAUAAUGAAAUUUUAUAUUUAUCCAAGAAAAAUGUAAGCGAAGAUUGUAUUCAUUUAAAAAAAAUACAAAAAAUAUGUAACGAUAUAAAAAAUAAUUUAAAAUUUUAUAAAGUAGAAAAUCACGAUAAAUAUAAAUUUAGACCCAGAGAUAUUAAUAAAAAUUUAAUUAAAAAAAAACGUGAUUCAUAUAAUACAGAAUAUACUAAUUAUAAUAUUUGUGGGAAAGAUUCAGAAAAAAACUAUUUAAGAGAUAUUGAAAAAAGAUGCAAGGAGGUAGUUCAAUACUUAAAUUUUAAUUGUGAUUUAGUAGACAUAAAUGAAGUAAUUGAUAUUUUAAAUAUAAUUACCAAUCCAGAUUUUGACGAAAGAAUAGAUAAAUAUAAGUAUUUGAAGUUAUUCAUUACCAAUUAUCAUUAUGUUUAUCCUAGUGAAGAUAUUGAUAGAUUAAGAAAAAUUAGAAAAUAUGUUAGAAGUAAUUAUAUUCAUAAAGGAGAUUUUUAUAUAAAUGAAAAUGACAUUUCUGAUAUAUAUUUAAAAACAAAUUUAGAUAAAAUAUAUAGAAAUGAAAUAUUUGUAAAUAAUAUGUUAAAUUUACAUAUAGAUAAUGGAAAGUUUUGGAUACAACUUGUACAUAAUAUAUGGAUACCCCUUACAAUAGAAAAUUUGAAUUCUCUCCAAAAUUCAUUUUAUUCUUAUUUAUUUAACUAUGAUAAUGAUGUUGCUGUUCUUGAUCAAUUCACGUAUUCAAGAAGAGACAGAAAAUUUUACAAAUUUUCACACUAUAUUUUUACAGGAAUAUUAUUUAGUGGUAUUCCAAGUAUUUAUAGGUUGUUAAUGAGAUUGUGUACUUAUAAAUAUUGCGAGGUUAGAAUAAAUAUGAUACUAGAAAAAAAUUAUGAUAAUAUUUAUAAUGAUAUUGUUAUAUCAAGUUUAAAUUAUCAUAUUGACGCAAUUAGAAAUUUUUUUCCUUUUUUUAAAGAAUACAAAAACAUAAAUAUGGAAAAUAUAGUUGAGAAUUUUUUUGACUCUUCAUUUUUUAGUAUAAUAAUUUCCUCAUUAAAAAAAAAUAAUAUUGAAAGGGUGGUUUUAAAUCAAAAAUAUUUAAAUUUUAUUAACUCAUUUUUUUUAAUGAUAACAGAAUUUUUAUAUGGAAUAUCAAGUAAAAAAUGUCUUGAAAAAAUUAAUGAUAGUCAAAUAAAUUUGCUGGAAUGUUUCGAUAAUAUUUUUUAUGAUGAUAUGAAUAUAUUAAUAGGUAGAGAUAUUUUAUUAUUCACAGCUGAUUUAUUAUGUUUAUACAAAUUAAAUUCCAUAUAUAUUAAAAGGAAACAUUGUAACAUUAUUCUAAAAAUGACAAAUUUAAUCAAAAAUGCAUAUUAUAUCAAAGAUCCAUUAACAAAUAAUGAUACAUGGAAACAAACUUAUGUAGUUGCUGUAAAAAUUAACCAUUUUAUAAAAUGUGCUUUAGAAAGAAAACAAACAAUAAAUGAUAAUAUCAUGCUUCAAGAAUUAACAUUAAUUAACAGAUUCUAUUUUAACGAUUUAAAACAAGAAAAUUCUAUAGGUGAAUUUUAUUGUUUGAAAAAUAUUAAUUAUGGUAUUUAUUGUUGGAAUUCUGUUUGCAAUAAAUAUACUAAUAUACAUCAUUAUGAAUAUAAUAAAAAUAAUUUUGAGUACUGUCAAGGAUGUUAUAUUGCAACAUAUUGUUCAGAACAAUGCAGAUUAACUCAUUUACUUUCGUCACAUCAUAAUGUAUGUGUUUAUUUUAAAAGAAUCCCGUCAUUUUUAAAAUUUAACACUUUUAAUGUUGAUUUCAACUUUUAUGAUAUGAAAUAUUUAAACAUUUUUCAAAAUAUUGAUAUAUUCGAUAAAGAAAAUGAUAAGUAUCAUGUUAUUUAUUGA